GGGUUUGUGGGAUAAGCUCACGCUGAUCAUUUUUGUAAACAUCCAGCUGUGAAGUACUUGAGCAGCGCUAGCACUUUCAAUUAUCAGGAAGUUUCAGGCUCAGCACCCUGUUGAGAUGAACAGGCAGUUUCCACUUCUGUCUGAGCUAUUGUUUCAGGCUAUCUUCAAACUCGGGCAGAGAGUCUUCCAAGCAUGAAGCAAGCACAAAGCAAUGCAGCACUGGGUGACUGUGAAGACGAGGAGGGGGGGAGGAGGGAGGCGGUAAUGAAAGCAAUUACCCUACUGCUAAGCUCUGAAGUGGAGGGACAGAUUGCAUUGCAAAUCCCACUGCUUUGCAAUAUUACAGGACCCUGAAUAGCAAUGCUGUUAUGUUCCAUUAUUAGCAAUCAGGGAAGAUGUCUGACUUAAUGGCUGGCACGUGGGAUCAGGACCAGUGAAGUCAGGAAUCCUGAUCCCAGUUCUGCUCCUAGAUCUGAGGGUUAUUGGUCGCUCUGUGGCUCAGCUUCCCUUUUUGAGGGAGAAUGCGUCUCCAGGCUAGUGAUGCUGAGACCUAAUUCUGGUGUAGCUCUGUCACUGUGUUCUAUAAGGGCAUACUGGAAAGAAGUGCUAUAUGCUGUGCCUCAGCUGUAUCAGAACUGUCUCUAGCAUACCUUUCCCCUUCAGCCAGCACCUCCCCAGAAAUCCAGGGUUUCUGAUGUGACACACAAGUGUACCCUCCUGUAUCCUCUGCUCUCCAACCACAGGCUCUCUGCAGCAUCUGUCUAGGUUGUUUACCAAACCACUGAAGACUGUCUGAUCUCUGUCCAGGCUUCCCCAGAGAGUGCCUCAGAGAGCUGUGUCCUGGCAGCUCUCAAGUUCGGUCUGAAGGUUCCUGAAUCUGUUCUUUGCUGCUGGAUGCUGGUUCCGAUCCAUAAGGGAAAUGGAAAGCUGGCCAGCUGGGCGAGGGCUGUGUGUAGCUCCUCUAGAACAGUAAACAGUGACUCACCCCCUCCUCUGUGUCUUCUCUCUGUUCGUGUCAAAUACAUUGCCUUGCAUAUGCUUCUACUCUCUGAUUCACACCAUCAGCCUGUCCCUCCCCUCUCUUAUUACAAAUGAAUGACAAGCGUCAGUCUGUCUUUCAGGAUGAGCGAUGAUUGUUAGAGCAGGAAAAUGGUCUUUGAAUGAUGGGAGAGGGAUGGUGCUCUGCAUACCAUGCUGCAAUGUGUUGGAAAUCCAUGUCAUGCCUCUGAGGGACAGAGGCACAGAGAUCAAGAUUUGAGCAUCUGUAGUUCCCUUCACCUGUCAGAUCUGACGUUAUUCUUGUUGCAAUUUCUGAGCAGUUCUGUCCAGAAGACUGUGCUCAGGUUAUGACGACUAAUCCCAAACCGAACAAGGCAUUAAAGGUAAAGGAGGAGUCAGGAGAGAAUGCCCCAGUGCUGAGUGAUGAUGAACUCGUGUCAAUGUCCGUACGGGAGCUGAACCAGCACCUGAGGGGUCUCACCAAAGAGGAAGUCAUCCGCCUGAAGCAGCGGAGACGCACGCUGAAGAACAGGGGCUACGCUGCCAGCUGCCGCAUCAAGCGUGUGACUCAGAAGGAGGAGCUAGAGAGGCAGCGGGUUGAGUUGCAGCAAGAGGUGGAGAAGUUGGCCAGAGAAAACAGCAGCAUGAAGCUAGAGCUGGACGCCUUGCGCUCCAAGUACGAAGCACUCCAGACCUUUGCUCGUACUGUGGCGCGAGGGCCUAUUACCCCGACCAAAGUUGCCACCACCAGUGUCAUCACCAUCGUGAAAUCAGCUGAAAUCUCAUCCAGUUCUGUGCCGUUUUCAGCAGCAUCCUAGUGCCCUCGGUGGGGGAACUAGCAGCCUUUCAGAGGGGAGGGGAAAAGGCUCUUAUGCAUUGUUCCAGAGUCCUUGGUCACGUCAAGAAUUGGCAUUUUAACAGUUCUCUUCCAAAAGUGCAAAAAAGGAAAAAAAAAUAAAAAGGAAAAAAGAAGAAAAAAAAAAGAAAAAAUAAUCUACAAAGGGAACUUAACUGGCUGCUUCUCUCUGGACUCGGUGGCUCCAUCAACCUCGUGUCCAGGAUUUGAGCUCUGUAUGCAGUACAAAUAGCAAGAUCUGCUUCCUCCUUCCCCCUGCCUCCCCAACCCCUUCUAGGCCGUGGGCAGCUUUCCAGCUGGGAGAAGAUACCUGAGAAGCCUCUGGAGUCCUUGUGAAUGAUGCUCAAGAGCCAGGAAACAGCUGGACCAUAGAAAUCAUCAUGUGAGAUGAAUAUAUGGAAAAGAGUUUCCUUUAGUGGCAUUCUACUCCCUGUAAGAAAGGUCUCCCCUCCCCUCCCCUCCCGACUUCCAUCUGCUGUUGUGAGGGCAGAGAAAUAGGCUUUUUGAAGUGAAUUUCAUCCUGCCGUGAAUGGAGUGGGAGAAUAAUGGAGACUAAUGCUUGGAUCUGACCACACCCAUUAGGAAUAACCUUUUGUUUUCAAUCCAUUGCUGUUAAAAUAUGGAAAAAUAUAUAUUUUACAUAUUUUAAUACGCCCCAUCACCUGUGUGGCCUAUGAAGACUACAUUGCAGCCUCCUUUAUUCCAGACCAAGUUCCCCAAUAGCUCCUUCCCUAAGGUGUGCCUGUGAAUUGGGUAUAUUUAUGCAGUUUAUUUCUUCCGAAUGAUCCGCAGUCUUGAAGUAGCAGCUUUUUUUUUUUUUUUUUCUUCUUUCUGGGUUCCCUGAAGCUUAAGGGAAGGAGGCACAGUAAAUGCUGUGAAGAGCUGUGUGAUGGGGAGGAGAAGGGGAGACAAGGAGGAAAACUGCUGGAAGUAUUCUUAGAAGGAGGCAGAACUGACUGCAAGAAGGUAGAACUGUUCUGCUGGGAUCAGCACUAUGAUAAGGGAUUUAUACAGAGUAUUUUAGAAAGAUGUUUUUAAAGCACUGAAGUGUAACUAGAGGGCAAUGGCAUAAAGACAGGAAGAGAGAAGUUGUAGAGCCUCCUCUUUGACAAAAGCAUUGGUAGGUAAGCAAUGACUAUCCCAGCUGGAGAGCCAGGCUCACCAGUCUUUGAUGACCAGAGAGGGGCUGUGAGGUGGUUGGAUGGGAGUUGUAAGAGCUUUUCCUCUCUGUAGUGUUUCAGGCACUGAAGUUGGGAUCCAAAGAGUACAGUGUACAACCCUCAGUGUUCAGACAACCUGUGUGAAUGUGACCCUGAAACUUGACACUUUCUCUUGGGCAUCUGUGAAUUAUCCCAAGAGAUGCACAGAGGGCAGGAUGAAAAUCAGUGUGCAUAGGGGAUGGUAAAAUUGGGAUCGAGAAUUCGUGCAUAUGGCUCUGAGCAGUGGUUUAGAAGAGGGAUUUCUGGCUCAGCAAUGGGCAGGAAGUGGGAAGCCAAAAGGAGAGAUUCUGCUGUUCUGCAACAGCACUGAAAAGACGAAUGUUUCCAGGUCACUGUAAAAAUAGCUCUGUUGGUGUUUGUGUGUUUUGUUUUGUUUUUUUUUUCUUUUUGAAGUAGGAAAGAAAAGGGAUUGAGAGUUUUGCAGGGCAGGUCAGAAACUUGUGGAAUAGACGAUGCCUGUUGUCACACAGGUGAGAAGAGAAUGAGAUUGCUGAAGUUUAAGAUGAGAAGAGCUUAGAGGAUUUGGGCUCUAGAAUAGAAAACAGAGAUCACAAAAUUCACAUUUGUUUUGGACUGAAAGAGAAUAAUCAAGUUCCACUGUUGUUUUAAAGGAUAGUAAACUGGCAUCCAAGACCCAGUUUAGUAUGUUGUUCAAGGCUUUGUCUUGUCUUGAAUGGCAUUAAGUUUGCAGAAUUUUAGUGAAGGCCUAUUUGUCUUUGGAAAAAGUUGUCAGCUUGGCUUUUUUUUUUCCUCUCCCCUCUCUUCACCUUGUCAUUGGAGUCUCAGGAUUUCCCAAAAGGGUCCUUUGUGAAAUAGGUUAAUGAAAAGAGAAACCUCAGACUUGGUUCUCAUUCAGUCCUCAACAUCUGCAUUUGUGACCUUAUUGAGCCAGAAAGGGUGCAAAUUAAAUGCUUCCUGGAGGCUUGUUACCCCUGCAAGAUCCACCUGUUAUAGAGGGGAGCAAGGAGUUUCCUUCGAGUGUUUUUUUUCCAACGUGUAGAGUUUGGAUGACACUUAGCGUUACCUCAUUUCUCCUCCACUCCCUUCCUAUCUCCUAACAGGCAAAUUGAUGUCCUGUGUAUCAGUACCAGUUAUUGACUCCCACAGCAGAAGCUGAGGAAGAGAAAGAUGUUACUGUCAUUUCCUGGUCCUCUCAUGUUCUCCAACUCACAAACAUUGGAAACUUUCCCAGACCUUACAGGUGCCUCCAAAAACAGGCAAAAUGGAGACUUCUGGCACUGUUGGGGCUUUAAAUGAAAAUUUUAAAGAAAAAGGCCAGUUGACUUGAAAAUGCCCACAUGCUUCCAGUUUUUAAAACAGCUCCAGAGCUCCAUAAUGUUCCUGGCUAGAUAGGAACGCCCCUCUGGCUGUCCUUGAUCCCUGCAAGGGAGCUCGGAUCGGUUGCUCAGAGGGGGAUGGAGGUUGAACUUUGUUCCAUGGGGUCUGCUUGCUAUUGGAAUGAGUUGAGAAACAUAUCUUUAUGUGGCACUUCCCUUGCGGCCAAGUAUUUCUUUUUCCAGUUCUUGGAAGGGUGCCAAAGGCUUGUCCAAGUGAUUGCUAGUUUUGUGCUGGUAGGCACUUAAAUCUCUGGUCACUCGAUAAAGAACAAGAGGCCUGGGUGUUGUUAAAGCUGUUGAUACCAUAGCCAUGGUAGGUAAUCCAUAUUGGAUAUCCAUAAGGACCACGUGGAAAUAUUUAAAGAGAGAGAAAUAUAUAUAUAAAUAUAUAAUUAUAUACAUUUUAUCGUACAGAUUUUUCUUAAAAAAAUAAUUUUUUUUCCAAGUUUGAUACUGUAAAUCUUUAUUAAAAGAAAUUGCCAGUCCAGGGCUCCCUGGGUGGUGACCUGGAGGGGAAUGAAAUGUCCUGGCUAAACUUCCACAGAGGGAUCAGAAUUGCAAGGUAAUGUGGAGGGAGGAAUGACCCGAAAGCUGUUGACCACGUUGGAGACCCAGCUCCUCCACCCUCUGGACUGGAGGGCCCUCCAGCUUGGGGUUGUCGCAUUGCAUUCCUCUGGGGUUUGUUUUUUUUCUGUUUGUUUUAUUUUUGUUUUUUUUUUUUUUCUCUCCGUCCUGCACUUGCAAGUCUGACACCCAGGGCAAGCGCCGCGUGGGGAGCCAGCUACCGCCUGCGGAACCAAAAAGGCAGCCCUGGUAAGGAGCGCUUGUUUGGCUCAUGGCGCUCCUCCAUGGCAGUACCUCUCGCCUGUCUCUUUGCUGCAGUAGUUUGGAUGCUGGGACUCCUGACUCUUCCCCUUUUAUUUGGCCCCCUGCCCCCGUGUGGGGCAGGGGCUCUGCAUUUGAGCAUGAGAAUCCUCUCCCCUGGGUCUGGCAUUUCUUUGGUUGCUCCCCAUCCUCAGUGUGACGUGGGUACCACAGGCCCAGUGGGAAGCUGGAAGAAGCCCGAAGCGUGUCCCUGGGCACCACAGGGCAGCAACAGCAGGGGCGUCUUUGUCCUUACAGACACAUUUGCUGUGCUCUCUGCUGGGAGUGGGGAACCUUUCCCUCUAGAGCAGCUCCAGAUUCCUUUGAAGCAAGUCAGCAUCUCUGCUCUUGCCCACCUCUUUCAUCUGCUGGAGGAGGCUGUAAAGCGCCGGUGUAGAGGCCUUGGGGACACCGCAGCUCCAGGGACAGCUGGGGAGGGGAAGAAGUGCUGGCAGGCGAGCUGGCAUGGAGGUGAGCCGCAGCUGGGCUGGGUGUCGUGCUGUAGGAGCAUUGAGGCUACUGGACAAGUCAAACCCGGGGAGGAGGAGAAGGUGGCAUUUUUUUUUUCUCUCUCAAAUCAUUUAAACUUCAUUGUCAUGAUUGUUUUUAUUUAAAAACAAAACAGAAACAAAAAACUUUUGUAAUGUGGAUUUGUUUUCCUUCGUCUGUAUUUCAGUCUGCUGGGGUGUUUCCGUAGAUGGUGGAUACUUGCUUUCAUUUUUUUAAUGAUAGAAGUCUUCUGUUUAAAGUUGUUUUUUUAUCACCAGCUCAUUCUAUCCUCUGUGGUUACUCAGUAAUUUCAUUUCAAUAUUUAUUUUUGUGCUGCUUUUUUAUUAUAAAAUAAAUUAUUGAUAUACCAAGCAAUGUGGAUUCCUGUUUGUAAGGCGAAUAGCCCUGUGUAUGUGUCCAUUAUUUUCUCUUGACAGCCACAACGUAAUUUAUUGCUGUAAAUUUAGCUGCAGUGACUGGUUUUUUGUACCUUUCCAAUAAAGCAUUUUCUGGUUUCAGA